GUGUACUAGGUCAAACCAAACGUGCCCUAAUUAUUUUCCUUUCUUUACCCCAAAAAAAACAUCUAGAUACUUUCAACACAACUUUGGUCCGCAUAUUUAAAAGAGUUUUUAGAAAAAUCAGGAAAAUAAAGUAAUUAUCUAAUCGCCACCUUCACUCUUCACACUUUCCUACCACUUGUCACGCAACUUCCUUCUCCACACUCCACCUACUACUAUAUAUUUAUACACUCUUUCAUUACUUCUUCUUCAACAAUUCUUCACAUUUUAUUCACUCCAAUUCACAAACAACCUUCAAACUAAUUAAUACUACAGAGGCAAAAAUCUUCAGAAUCUUUAACUUAAUGGCGCUCGAGGCUCUUACUUCACCAAGAUUAGCUUCUCCGAUUCCUCCUUUGUUCGAAGAUUCUUCAGUCUUCCAUGGAGUCGAGCACUGGACCAAGGGAAAGCGAUCUAAGAGAUCAAGAUCCGAUUUCCACCACCAAAACCUCACCGAGGAGGAGUAUCUAGCUUUUUGCCUCAUGCUUCUCGCUCGCGACAACCGUCAGCCUCCUCCUCCUCCAGCGGUAGAGAAGUUGAGCUACAAGUGUAGCGUCUGCGACAAGAGUUUCUCGUCUUACCAAGCUCUCGGUGGUCACAAGGCAAGCCACCGUAAAAACUUAUCACAGACUCACUCCGGCGGAGGAGGAGAUGAUCAGUCGACGUCGUCGGCGACAACCACAUCCGCCGUGACUACUGGAAGUGGGAAAUCACAUGUUUGUACGAUCUGUAACAAGUCUUUUCCUUCCGGUCAAGCUCUCGGCGGACACAAGCGGUGCCACUACGAAGGAAACAACAACAACACUAGUAGCGUGUCCAACUCCGAAGGUGCGGGGUCCACUAGCCACGUCAGCAGCAGCCACCGUGGAUUUGACCUUAAUAUCCCUCCGAUCCCUGAAUUCUCGACGGUCAACGGAGACGACGAAGUCAUGAGCCCUAUGCCGGCGAAGAAGGCCCGGUUUGACUUUCCGGUCAAACUUCAACUUUAAGGAAAUUACUUAGACGAUAAGAUUUGUUUUUUCGUUUGUAUACUGUCGAGAGUUGUGUAGGAAUUUGUUGACUGUACAUACCAAAUUGGACUUUGACUGAUUCCAGUUCUUGUUCUUGUUCUUUCAUUUUAAAAAUUAUUCAACCGAUUCUUUACCACAUA